AUGGCUUUCAACCCCACUAGAGCCAUCGUUCAGAAUGAAGGCUGCGACUUGCAUUACUGGUAUCAGGGUAACGGUCCCCUGGUCACCUUUAUCCCCGGCGGAAACGGCCACGGGCGGCAAUUCAACCCCAUCAUCGCUGCGCUGUCGGACAGGUUCACCUGCGUCACCUUUGACCGACGCCAGAUGUCUGCGAGCAAGGUAGAAGUCAACAAAAAGCUCAGCCCACCACAGCAGGCACGCGACGUGCGCGCUGUCAUCCAAGCGCUGGGGUUCGGCAAGUCCAUCAUCUUUGGCAGCAGCAGCGGAGGGAUCUUUGCCCUUCAGUUCGCGCACGACUUUCCCAACAUGGUGGACCACUUGAUCUCCCACGAGGCGCCUACUGCGACCCUCCUGCCGGACGCUUCCGAGGUCUUUGAGUGGAUGCUGCAUCUGAUGGAGGUGUACGAGACGCAGGGACUAGAUCAGGCAGCUCGUGAAUUUCGCGCGGAGCUUAUCGGGUAUGACGACGAAGGAGUCCCCAAGACGGCGCCACCCGAGCCGGAGAAUCCUAGGAACUUCUGGGAUAACGAGUUUCCGAUCCUCAUAGGCUUUACACCCAACCUGUGGCGUCUCAAAGAGAACAGAGUGAGCAUUGGGGUCAUGAGGGCUGUUCGCUGUAAGGAGGCAUUCUUUGCGAGGACAACAGUGGAGCAGGCCAAGAUCCUCGACUGUCCGCAUGCUGUGGUUCCGGGUCAUCAUCAAGGCUUCGAGGUCGAGACUGAGGCAUUCGUCCCUUAUCUCUUGGACAUGCUUGACACGCUUGAGAAGAAGAGGAGUGGUGGUGUUUAG